AUGGCUAGUUUGGUCAUUUGCCUUCUCUGCCUGGGAUUCCAGAUUGCAGCCCAGUUCCCAAAGAUCUCAGGUCACAACGAAAACGAUACAGAUGAAGGACUUAUUCACUUUCUUCACAAACUGCGACAGGACGAGUUCUAUGACACUCUGCUUGUCUACGGAGAGGAUUGUGUCUUUCAUGACCUAAUCAGACAUUUGGAUGUUCCCACUGUGUUGGUUUCUUCAGGUAGCACCAGCUUUGAUUGGCAUUUUAGUAGCCUAACUAUGAUUCUUUGUUGUGGCCCUGAAUCAGAGAGAGAAACAACAUAUCGUACUCUUCUUAAGCUGCAAAGAAGCAGGCGUCUGAUUUAUCUACAAGAAAAAGUGGAACCAAGAAAUGUAUGUAAUAGCUAUGCAAAAAAGGAGCAAUACAAUAUAGCGAUGUUACAGAGGGACUUCGGAAAGUUCAGAGUCAUUUACACUUGUCGUUUCUUCCAAGAACCUAAUUAUGAAGAACUAAAUUUAUCGGACACGAGGCCAAUCUAUAUUGAACAAUUUCAGAAUAUGCACGGAAAACCUAUCAGUGCAAAAGCAGACCUCUUACCCCCGCGUUCCAUGCCGUAUCGAGAUGCCAAUAGUGGUGAAAUGAAGCUAAUGGGGUAUGUGGCCAAUUUAAUCAAUAACUUCGCUGAGAAAGUGAAUGCUACCUUGCAAUAUGGUUAUCUUGCUGGUAACGAAAGCCCAAAGGACAUAUCAAAAAGGGCUCGGCUCGAUCAGAUUGACGUUGGCGUCACUCUGGAAACCUCUUUAUAUGAAAAGAACGUUGAAACAGCUAGCGAUCCAUAUCUUCUGACAUCGUACUGCCUAAUGGUUCCAGUUCCAGAAAAGUUGCCAUACAAUUUGGUUUAUGCCGCUAUAGUGGAUCCACUAGUCCUUGGCAUUAUCUUUUUGCUGUUUUGCCUGCUCUCUAUGCUGCUGAUAUAUAGCCGGAGAAAGACUUUGAAAGACCUUAGUCUGGCCAACAUAUUACUGAAUGACAUGUGCCUACGAGGUCUCUUGGGUCAAUCGUUUCCAUUUCCCUCCAAUGCUAACAAGCAUUUAAGGCUGAUCUUUUGCAUUCUGUGCUUCGCAAGCAUUCUGAUCUCCACGAUGUACGAGGCCUACUUACAAUCUUUUUUCACGGAUCCUCCAUCAGGACCUCACAUUCAUUCUUUCAAGGAGUUUGGCAAGUUUCACCAAAAGAUCGGAAUCACCGAAAUAGAAAAUAGUCUUCUUAUAAACCUCAACAACACACAAUUCCUUGAAAUUCACAAAGACGACCUUAGAAUCUUUUAUGACUGGCAGGAGUACCUUGAACUGCGUAACGCCUUCAAUCGCGACUACAGCUUCUUGGUGACCUGGGAUCGAUGGAGCGCAUAUGCGGAGCAGCAGAAGCUUUUCAAGGAACCACUCUUCUACUUCGCCAAGGACCUCUGCUUCUCACAUCUGAUCUUCCUGUCAUUUCCCAUGCGGAGACACCUGCCCUACCGUCAUCUCUUCAAUGAUCACAUGAUGCGACAGCAUGAGUUUGGGCUAGUGAACUACUGGAAGAGCCACAGUUUCUUCGAUAUGGUAAGACUCGGCAUAACGCCUCUCGAGGACCUCAGUCGGCCAAUAACGGCUAGUCCAAGUCUGUUAAUGGAGGACAUCUCAUGGAUACUUAAACUUUAUUUGGCUGCUAUUUUGCUGAGCAUUUUAUGCUUCUUAUUGGAAAUAGGAAUAGAAAACUCAAGGGCUCAAUUGUCGGAUAUAGAAGUUAAAAAGAACAUAGAGCUGGAGAACGGAUUAAUAAAUCUUCUGCAACGAUUGAGACUAGAAGAACCCCACGAAACCCUUCUUGUUUAUGGAGAGGAUUGCGUUUUUCAUUCGCUAUCUAAGCGCUUGCAUGAGCCCAAAGUGCUCGUGUCUACAGGUAGCACCAACUUCGAUUGGAACUUCAACAGUCGAGCUCUGAUCCUCAGCUGUGGGCCGCAAGAUGAUAGGGAAGCUAACUAUCGCACACUUAUUAAACUUCAAAGAUCCAGACGUCUGAUCUACAUAACACAGGCUGAUCAACCGAGCGCUGUAUGCGAACAAUAUUCGCAGAAGGAACAAUAUAAUGUAGCUAUGGUAAGAGAGGACUUCGACAUCUCGAGAAUGGUUUAUGCCUGUCGCUCCACUCAAGAUCCCAGUCUUCAAGAAGUAGACACAAAUACAAGUGAACCGAUUUAUAUUGAACAAUUUCAAAAUAUGCAUGGAAAACCGAUCAGGGCGAUGACAGAUCUUGUGGCUCCGCGGGCCAUGCUGGAUGGAAGAAGCGGCAAAAUAAAGUUAACUGGAUACUUGGCCGAUUCGAUCAAUUACUAUGUCCUAAAAACGAAUGCUACUUUGCAGUACGAGAUUUUUAAGCAGAACUAUGGUGAAAUAACAAAGGGGGUUGAUGAAGGUGAGCUCGACAUCGGCAUAAGUUUGGUGAACUCAAUGUUUUCCGAUGGUGGAUGGGACACUACCAGCUAUCCAUUUGUGCUGACACCGUACUGCCUAAUGCUGCAAAUUCCAUCCCAGUUGCCAAUUAAUAUAACAUAUGCGGUUGUAAUGGACUCGCAAGUCCUCAUCCUGAUCUUCGUGAUGUUCUGCCUGCUCUCUGUGCUGCUGCUUCUCAGCGAAAAGUUGUCAUGGCGGAGCCUUAAGAUUUCGAGCAUACUGCUAAAUGAUGUCACCCUUCGCGGGAUCUUGGGCCAAUCUCAUCCGUUUCCCGCCAAUGCAAGCAAGACACUAAGGUUGAUCUUCUGCAUUCUUUGCUUUGCCAGCAUCAUGCUGACCACCAUGUACUGUGGCACCCUGAACUCGUUCUUAAUGGACCCCCCUAAUGCAGCGCCCAUUCGGUCCUUUAAGGACAUACGAAAAUAUAACAAAAAGCUGGCGAUUUCUGAAUAUGAGGCAAACGCAAUGAUCAAAAGCAAUAAUACGGAAUUUAUGGAAAUGGCAAAGGAUGACUUAGAAAUCUUCUUGGAUUUGCGCGAGUUUGUUAAAAUUCGGGAUAGGCUCAGCCUCAGCUACGGUUAUAUGCAAACAGGAGAUCGCUGGACCAGUGUUGACGAGCAUCAAAGGAUCUUCAAAAAGCCGGUGUAUUACUUUGCAAAGGACCUCUGCUUCUCACGUCUACUUUUUCUAUCCAUUCCCAUGCGGAGACAUCUGCCCUAUCGCCACCUCUUGGAAGAUCACUUGAGGCGACAGCAUGAGUUCGGAUUGGUGGGUCUCUGGAUGGACCACGCCUUCAUGGUCAAGGUUAAAGUGGGCAUAACCCAGCUUACGGACAUAAGUCCACCACCAAGGAAAAAGGUAGCCCUAGUCAUGGAGGAUCUUGCCUGGCUACUGAAAAAUCACAUGGUGCGACAGCAUGAGUUCGGUUUGGUGAUAAGAUCGGGCUUAACGCCCAUCAAGGACUUGAGCCCGCCAACGGUGCACGAUGCAAGUCUACUCCUACAGGAUGUCUCCUGGGUUCUCAAAAUAAGUGGAGGCGCUGGCGGGAAUUGA